AAACCUUCCGCGCUGCUUCCUGUUGCACGAGACGGAGGGUGAUAUUACGCAAAGAGUUUGGUAGUUCGGGUUCCCCUGUUCGUACUUCAGCAACUCUGACCUUUGACCUUUGGGGAAACAUGUCCGACGGCGUCCCGAAGGGUCAAACGAUCCUCUGCGACAUGUGCGCCGACGAGGACCGGAAGCCGGCGCGCAAGACCUGCAUGAAAUGCGAGAUCUCCAUGUGCGGCCAGCACCUCCAGGCCCACCUGACCACCCCGGUGCUGCUGCAGACCCACCCUCUGACCGAGCCCGUGGCCAUAGACGGCAGCACCAAGUGCCCCGUGCACGGGAAGCUCCUGGAGUACUACUGCCUGGACGACCGGACCUGCGUGUGCGUGUCCUGCGCCAUCGAGGACCAGCACCGCCUGCACAACAUGAAGACCUUCCCCACGGCCCACAAGGAGCUCCUGGAGAACAUCGGGGCCCAGCAGAAGGCCUUGCAGGACAAGUCCGAGGACGAGAACGUGAGCCUGGAGAAGUGGGACCGCGGCGAGAGGGAGAAGGUGGGGCGCGGCGGGGCUCGGCUCGUGGAGGCCGUGACCCACCUGCGGGACGUGUCCCUGACCAGCGUCCAGAGCUCCGUGGCGGCCCGCAUGGCGUCCAUCAGGACCAGCAGGAGCAGCAUGGAGGCGGCCCAGAAGGAGAAGGACACCUUCCGGUUCCUGCAGCUGUACUCCCAGGUGCACCGGGACAUGGAGGCGGCCAAAGCCGUAGACCUGAGAAGGGGGCUGGAGCCGGGGGCGGACCGGGACAAACUGGCCCUGGAGAUCCAGCAGAAGGGGCAGAAGAUGCUGGGCCAGGCGUCCCAGUUCUUGGGGUCCCUGCUGACCCUGGUGGACCCCGAGAACCACCUGGAAAUGCCCACCAACCCCGGGCCAGACCUGGUCUUCGAACCGCAGACCUCUGCCUCCAGCGUGUCCCUGUCCACCGACCGGAGGAAGGUUUUCCACAACGGCUGGCUGGGAGCGUGCUCUGCAACCCUCCUGAUCACAGGGCCGGCUCCCAACCUCCAGAGGUGGACGGUCGGCCUCCCCACGGAGUCCGACUGGAUGGUGGGCCUGUGCCAAAAGCAGUCCGCAAACACCCUGAUGCAGGGCCCCGUCUACGGCCUGCUGUGGGAGGAGGGCCGCCUGGGUCGGGUCACAACAGAGGAAGAGGAGGAGAAAAGUGCUGGUUUCUCGUUCGGUUCUUCAGCCAACCCACCAGGGAAAAAAUUAAAGGUCUCUUCCGAAUCUUUCCCAAAUGAGGGCGAUGAUGGAGGUGCAGGCAGACCUGAAACGGUGGAGGUGCUUUGGAAAUUUCCAGAGUCCAAACUCACCUUCUACAGCAGAACCGGACGGUUCCAGAGGAAAGAAAUAACCACAAUUCAGAUGAGCUGCAACAGCUGGGACCUGGUCCCGUUCGUCCGGCUGGGGAAGGAAAAUGUCCAAAAAAGCAACCCGAACCAUCUGUGCUCAUGUGGGCGAAAUACUUCCGGUUUUCAGGCAAAUUGCUCUCGUUGUGGAAAAGUUUUUCCCCCAUUCACCACAGACCUGAUCUGUGAGCUUCACUGA